AGCGAGAGCGAGACUACCGGGAUGAAGACGAGAAUCUCGUGACAGGAAGGCGGAAGUAAACUAGCCAGGUAGCAUAACAGACUGCAACCUGUAUGCUUCAAAUAUCCUCCUGUACUCACCUCUACAAAAACACACAGCGCCAGAUGAUCAUGUCUUCAAGUCAUGCGAAGGACUCCAGCUUCUGGGGAGGCAGAGUACCACCAGAACUAGAGUCCAUGUCCAAAAACCUUAAGGAUGUGGACCAGGAGACGUUCAGAAAACUCCUGAAAGCUGUUGUGAGUUCCCUGGAGAGGAAGGACUGCAGAGCGUCGAUGAAGUCUAUAGCAGAGACCAGCACGGUUCCACAGGAGAGGCUCGGUCACAUCGUAGCAGGGAUGUACAGGAUUUUGUCGGAGGCGAUCCGCAUCCCGUCAUCAUCUUUAAAGCCGGAUGCCUUCAAAGAAGAUCUCAGAGAGUUGAGGAUACCUGAAGACUUCAUCGCAGACUUUGCCAGUGUGGUUUUUGGCAGUCGGCGUGCAGCUCUAGAGACAGUGACCUCCCAGAACGAUCCGCACCUUCCUGCCUUACACGACUUUAAAUGGAGAGUGGAUGUGGCCAUUUCUACCAGCUCUUUAGCCCGGGCCCUGCAGCCGUCGAUCCUGAUGCAGAUGAAACUGUCAGACGGCAGCCUUCAGUGCUUUGAGGUACCUGUGUCUAAGUUCCAGGAGCUUCGUUACAACGCAGCUCUGAUCCUCAAAGAAAUGAAUGAUCUGGAGAAGAGGAGCAUUCUUCAGAUCCAGGACUGAUGGACUUAAACUGUGCUCAACAUCUUUGUACGUCAAAUGUUAUGGAUUCUUUUCAGGCUCAUUAAACUGAUUUCGUUAUGAAA